ACUGCAGAGGUCUCCACAUCCCCCCACACACCUUUACCAGCUUGUGGUUCCUCCACACACACCGAGAGAGGGAGAAGAAGGAGAGGAGGAGGCAGAUACGCAUCUUUCUUCAAGUCCGUGAGAACUUCAGGCGUUUUUGGAGAUCUCAGAGAUGCUCUUCAUGCUCUUCGGUGCUGAUGUCGCUCUCUUUGCCGCCUUAACAAAACUGAGAGAUCAUUUCAAUGACUCAGUGUGUUUAUACUGAGGAGCAGAGGACUCGUUUCUGCAGGAUUAUCAGUGCAGUCCGGAGACGUGAUGUCACGCGCGUGUUCUCUGAUCUUGGUAUUGCUGAGUGUGCUUCAGGCAAACAGCCAGACGGAAAUGAAAAGGGUUGUCGGUGACAAUGCCACGCUGCCGUGCCACCAUCAGCUGUGGCAAGCCGACAUCUCUCUGCUGGACAUCGAGUGGAUGCUGCAUAAAUCCAGCUCACGGCAGAAAGUGUUGAUCACAUACUUUGCGGGUCGAAUCUACGACCCCAACGAGAGCGAGGCGGGACGGCUGUCCCUCACGGGCGACUACCUGAAGGGCGAUGCUUCACUUAUGAUCAGCGACCUCCUGCUGACCGACUCUGGAGAAUACAUCUGCAAGGUCAAGAACGGAGGAAAGUACUACUGGAACACGGUCAAGCUCAUCGUUCUCCUAAAACCGUCCAAGCCACGCUGCUGGAUGGAGGGUCGUCUGCUGGAAGGAAGUGAUGUCAGAAUGAGCUGCAAGUCUGAAGAUGGAUCUGACCCGAUAAGCUACAAAUGGGAGAGAGUUUUGGACAAGGGAAAAUAUGCUGGCAAGCUCCCACCCUUGGCUCUCAUAGAUCUCAAAAACCCUGAGAUUGUGACCCUGAGAAAUCUGUCCAGGGAAAGUGCGGGUGUCUAUAGAUGCACCGCCAGCAAUGAUGUCGGGGAGGAGAGCUGUACUCUAGAGGUCAAAGUUCACUACAUUCGUGGAAUGGGCGUAGUGGCUGGCGCCGUGGUGGGCGUGUCCUUUGGUGUGCUCCUUAUCAUCCUCAUCAUCUGGCUUGUUUUCCGCAAAAAGGAGAAAAAGAAAUAUGAAGAAGAGGAGGCGCCCAAUGAAAUAAGGGAGGAUGCUGAGGCUCCCAAGGCCAAACUGGUGAAGCCCAAUUCUCUAUCGUCCUCCCGGUCCGGUAGUUCUCGCUCUGGAGCUUCUUCCACUCAGUCUAUGGUGCACAACAGCGUCCCCCGUGGCCCAAGGCCUCGACCGCCUGCGGUAGCUGCUGUUAAGGAGGGCGAACAGCUUGAAAAUUUUCCUCAGGUACCACCGGCAUAUAACCACGUGGUCCCGAAACUCGCAGAGCCUGGCAACAGCCCCAAACCCAGCCCGGCAAAGCUCAACCCGGGGAACCUGGCAAGGAUGGGCGCCACACCUGUGAUGAUUCCUGCCCAAACCAAGGCAUUCCAGACUGUUUAGGAAUACCUGCAGAAACACACACACAAAUAAAUACACACACUGCGGUAAGAAGAGACAUCACCUCUCUGAUCGGAUUGAUCUGAAGUUCUCAUUUAAAAGUCAUUCGCAGAGAGGAUCAGACCAUCUGAGGAAAUAGCAAAACCUUUAUUUUGGCAAGCAGUUUUUUGCACCCUUUUUAAUCCUUUUUUUUGUGCAGUGGACCUGAAGUGGGAGUUGGGGUGAGCGGUGUCUUGUUAUGUUAGAUUUGAACGAAAGAGACAGAAACACAGCACUGCCUUUACAAAGACAGACAACCCAUCUCACUGACCACAGACUUACUGUCCGCUCCGACAGCUUCAGAACUGAAGGAAAAUCGUGCACUAGAUGACUCUGUCCAGAACCCGCUCAUGUGUGCCCACAAGGAUUCACACAUGUCACUCAUUUCCUCAGCCAAUCAGCUUUUGCCAGGCAACCCUGUGGGCAUCACACCUUAACAGCCAAUGGCAGGUGACCUGCUGGGCACAGACGCUACAAUUGGCUUAAAGGGAUAGUUCACCCAAAAAUGAAAAUCCUGUCAUCAUUUACUCGACCUCACAUUGUUCUUAAACCUGAAUGAUGGAUGAUAAACACAAAAGAUGAUAAAUGUGAUUACCACAACAUUGACUUCCAUAGUAUUUGUUGGAAUACAAUGGGUACCAUCCACUGUGUGCUAACCAUCAUAUAUCAAAAUAUCUUCAUUUUUGUUCUGCAGAAUAAAGAAACUCAUACAGAUUUAGAACAACAUGAGGGCGAGUAAAUGAUGACAGAAUUUGUAUUUUUGGAUGAACUAACACUUUUAAACAGCAACAUGAAACAUGAUCUUUUUAUGUACAAAUAUUCCAUACUUAAAGGGCACCUAGUAUGCAAAUUCACUUUUACAAGGUGUUUGGACAUAAUGUGAAUUAGCAGUGUGUGAACACAACCACCCUACAAUGAAAAAAAUCCACCUGCUCCUUCUUUUUUAAUCCUCAAUAAACCAAAGCAGUAUCAUGCUUGUGAGGUCACACUGAUAAAGCCCCGCCCACUUAAAGUCCUGCAUUAAUAUAGUUUCUGCAAUCAGCAAGUUGUGAGAUAAUAUUGUCUCAGACUAUUUAUCAGAUCUGUUUUAACUGAAAGCGCUCACUGUCUGUAAGAAAGUGAGGAGCUGUAGCUCAUUUGCAUUUAAAGGUACAGACAAUAAAACGGCACGUUUUUGCUCCCACCCAAAUAGGUGCAUUUUCGACUUGCUUUAAUAAAUUAUCUGUGAGGUAUUUUGAGCUGAAACUUCACAGACACAUUCUGGGCACACCUGAGACUUAUAUUACAUCUUAUAAAAAGACCACAAUAGGUGCCCUUUAAUAGACAUUAAUAAGAAUUCCAUAUUCAGUUUAAGUAUCAAGCUGUAUCGAAAUGUGUGUCAUUUCCUUUAAAACAUUUAUUAGCAGAUGUUUAUUUAUGAUAAUAUAAACAUUAGCGUCAGUAAUGGGGUCGAUACUGUCAACUGGGAAAUUGUUUGGAUGGUUUUGGUUUCUGGUAUUUGCAAUUGAAAUCAUAUCUCUGGAUGGUGUUUCCCAUUGGAGGCAAGUUAGAUGAGCCAAGCUUUUCAGCUCUGCUAUGAAUCGCCUCAUUUUCAACAUGUCUGAAUGAUUGAAACGAAACCGAACGAUCAGGCCCAGGUGAAAUCUCUGCACGCCAGAACUUCACAAAAAACUUCAAAGACUUCCAAAAAAUUGGUCUGCCUGUAAUUUAAAAAGUUAGGCUUAUCCACUGCUCCUUCUGUUUGUUUAUUGAGAAAUUUGUCUAGCUACAAAUAAGAAUGUUGUACUUUCAGCUAACAUAUUCAAAUUAAAAUAAUAAAAAUGUAAGCCUGCCUGUGAAAUCCGAGGAAACGUUGCAUAAUCAAGUUCUGAGAUUUGGAGCAUCAAAGUUUGAUAUCAAUCAUUGAUUUCACAUGAAUUUCAAUUUUAUUCAGUCAAUAUUAAAAAUAUCAAGGUUAUAUUUUCGCAAAAUGCUCUUUACAUUUUAUGUAGAAAACCAUAAAUCACAAAAAAUGACUUUGGCUGGGUUUUUGCUUGGGUCUGCAAAUGACUUGAAUGUGUUCAGUAUUAUAUGUUUUUUUUGCCUUUUUCUUAAACAUUACAUUAUUGUACCUGCAGUAGAUUAGAAGUUACUCCAAGACUGACUUAUUUUAAACCCAGCGAUCUUUUAUCAGGUCACUUAUAUGCCACUUCUAAUACAUUUUCUCUAUUUUUACUCUCUCAUAUUUUAAUACAGUUGAAUGGCUGCAGUUGUGCACACGAGCAGCUGCGUUUUCUGACUACAUUUUUAAACAGCAGGGACGUGACAUUGGUUCCUUCCUCAAAGAGACAGUCGUGUUUUUAUUUCUUCAGAACGAAUUAGAUGGCUGAACAAGAUGCCAGAACAUAUUCAAAGUGACAGGUCAUGUUGGCAAUGCCUUUAAGGACAGAACAGUGUUGUUUUCUUCGAUAACCUGGAAAUAUCCAUACUGCACGCAUGGAAAAGCCUUUUUAUGCCCGGAAAGGCAGAGGAACCAAAGCCUGACCUUAUUUAUCGAAAUCCUCACGAAGAUCAAUAACUCUUAGGACCGGUAAUGAAGAAUGCACACUAAAAAAAGCUGUCACUGGGGUGGUACCCUUUUAAAAAGUACACAUAAUGAGUGCAUAUUAGUACCUCAAAGGUAUACAUAUAUGUACUUAAAUGGUUUAUUUUAAAGGGUAUCUCCCAGUGACAGCUUUUGUCUCUUUUUCUUAAGAGUGCAGGUUUCAUUGAUUUAGCUUCAACUCACCGCCUAGUCGAUUCUUCGACCAUACAGUCUCUUUCACGGUGGGUACAGUACGAUAAUAUUAGUCCUUCCUCGCUACCCGCUGUUCUUGUACGGCUGAGUCUGCUGUUAAUAUGUGCUGAGACGCAUGGUUUAGCCGAGUUUGUGUUUGGUCAGUUACAGCUGAACAGUUUAAAUGCUGAGCUCUAAUGUUAAACCCCCUGCAUACAGUUGCUUGAGAGAAUGUGCAUCUAAACACUAUUGGCAAUGGACCUGCAUGACACCGAUAGCUAGAGAAAGACGAGUAUUUUGGCUAAAUGCUUAUAUCAGUACAUUAUAUUCUGAGUUAUGUAAUAAAAAGGGUUUUGGUUAUGUAAAUAAGGGAGUUUUUUUAUCCAAAAAUAACAUUGAAUGAAGUUGCUGUCAAGGCUGUACAGACUCUGUGCUCUUUGUAGUCGAGUCUGGUCAGUCUGAUGUAUUGAGACCGCAUGAUGAGUAAGGAAACCACCUGUAUUUUUGUAAAUGUUACUGGCUUUCUUUGAUUUGUCAAAAUACAAGGCCUUGUACAUAUUUCCCUCCUUCAUUUCAAAUGUAUAUUUGUACAGUGUCUUAAUGAAUUUCCUUUGCUUUGUAAUAAAGCAUAUAAUGGCAAGCCAA